CCUCACUUCCUCCCUCCCUCCCUCACUCCCCCUUCGCUCACCCACUCCCUCCCAUCAUUCCAUCCCGUCACUCUCGCCGCAUCUCUCUCCCUACUCCGUCCAUCCAUUCAAUUCCCGCCAAAUGUCUCGCUCAUUCACAUCAACAAGGUCUCAUGCGCGGAAACAAAGAUUCAAAACUUAGGAUACAGUCACUGCCACCCCGUCCACCCUCACUCCCGAUCCAUUCCCUCCAAACCCAUUCACGGGCGACGCAGCAUCCAGCAAGAGCCACCGAUGGCCGCAACGCCAUCCGGCCAAGCGGUGCCGAACACCAACCAGCACCAAGCCGGUCCAGCAACGCGCAAUCAGCGCCAACGAAAACCCCACCCUGCCCAGGCCCACCAUCUCACCGAUGGCGCCCUCUCCGAUUCCGUCCUCAACCACACGUCAAGUCCUAAGAAAACACCCAAGCAUCGUCACCACGAUGCGGCCAGUGGCCCCAGCGCUCAUGCGCCCCAUCCAAAUGGCUAUCCACAAAACCACAGACCAACAUCCCUAGCCGGCCCCACGAUCCACCCGGCCACGCCAACAAAAGAGGCUGCCUAUGCCGGUCCAACCUUCCAGGCCUCCCCGGCCCCGUCCUCUCUGCCCGUGCCCAAGUUCUUCUCCAGAUCAGUCCCCAAUGUUGCCGCCCAGUCUUCCUUGACUGCGCGCAUGGGGCAAGAGACCGCGUCGGACGACCCUGAAGACCGCCAGCCAACCCCGGAACCAGAUGUCGUGGGCAUCCCCAGGGAUGGUCACAAGAGCCCGUUGGACUUCUUCUUCAAUGCUGAUCGGCAAGAGAAGGAGAAGAGUCUGAGCCUCAGUGGUCUAUCUCCAGAGAUGGCGAGAAAGAGGGAAGUCCCUCGGGUUGAUUCCAAUGGCAACUUUCCAAACGCAACGAUACAUUAUGCUUCCUCUUCGCAGCGUCUGUCCCAACCAUCUUCAAGACCGCCGUUCUCGCCGGAGACAAGCACGACUCCCCCGGCAGCGGGGCCAUCGGCAGAGCGAGAUGCGCAAACCGCGGCUUUGAAGGCUCUGUUGUUCAACAACAUCAACAACGCGAGUGCCCCCUCUCAAUCUCCACCUCCUGCGCAGUCACGACCACUCCCCGAUCAAUCUCCGGCUCGUCAACAUCAUCCGUCUCCACCAUCACACACUCUCGGCCGUGCUCAAAACACGCCGUCGCCAUCCCAAGCACGAUCUACUUCCGGCCCGUCCACGCCCACCCCGCUAUCCGAACACGAACGCGCGGACGGCUACUACGCUCCACACUAUGGAAACCAGCGAAACCUCUCGCCACUUUUCAAAGCCGCCUCAUCAACCAAGAGUGGCACCGUGCCCGGUUCGCGCGGACCUUCUGGACUCCGACGACAGGAAACCGCUUCUGAUGACUCCCCGCCACUUGACCCCAAUUCAUUCUCGAGAGGCUAUUUGGAGCAGCACUUGAGAGCAUCGCCCAGUCCUCUCAAUGUGCCGUUUGCGAACGGCCGCCAUCAGCACCAACAAGCUCACCCCUCUGCCGCAUCCACGUAUGCCAACUCUCCUAUGACAUCGCAUGCAAAUGCCGCUCCUUCGGGCUCCGAAUCGUCACCCCGCGCCUCCAAGCCUGCUGACCAAGGAGGAAAUGGAACACGCGAUAUCAAAGGCAUGGAAGACGAUUUGCGUCGAAUGCUGAACCUCAAUGUCUUGAACAAUUGAUUUUGCUCUUAGCCAGGCGUUUCCGGGGAUUUUGCCAGGUUUCGAUUGAACCUCUGUGCAUAGCGUGUUGCGCCGUCCGAGCAUCAUGACCAGCAGACAGGAUGAUAUUGGUCUAGGGUAGCCGGCGAGCUAUCGUAUGGGGCAGGCAAAGCGGCGUUUUUACGACGACACGGAUGGUCAUCUUGCUAUUGCUUUGGCCUGCCGUGGACAGAACAGACGCGACAUCAAUCAGAUAGAAGACCAACUCUUACCAUUCCUUUCAC